UUUCAUUAUUUUUCGAAUUGUAUUAUGGGCUUCCUGUGGAAAUGAAAUCUGACACCAUGAGCUGAAACAAUGUGCUAGCGUCAUUCGCACUYGUCAAGAUUGACAUUGAGCGGACAAUUUUCACGUGAAAUUCCUUUCUUUGGAUAUGUUGAAGAAAUGCUGUUUAGCUGGUCUUGUGUUUAUGACAAUCCUUACGACUCUUCUGUUAUGGAAUGAAUAUUACUUGGUGAACAACAGCAGGAGAGGAGCAAGAAGAAAGGGUCGAGGGCGAAAAGCGAAAAUAGGAAAAGUAGGUAAAAUUCCUAUCAUUCCCGGUAAACCAUUAGCGAGUAAGAAGGAGUACGACCAAGUCAAGAGCUUCGUACUGUUUAUUGGUUACCCUCGAAGCGGCCACACUCUAGUCAGCACACUGAUCGARGCCCACCCAAACGCUAUUAUCGCCAACGAGUUUGACUUGAUAGGGAAAUGGCAAAACUGGAAGCCACAGAAUCAAAACAAGUAUUUCCUGUUUGACCAGUUYCAUAAGAACUCACACAUGGAGGCCCAAAGAGGUUACAGAACAAAAAGUGGAAAUGCCUUAUUCUCUUUCUAUGUGUCUGGUCAGUUUCAGGGKAAAGUCCAAGGAAAAUUGAAGAUAAUAGGAGCAAAGAAAGGAGGAAGAACGACGAAACUGAUGACAAAAAAGAAACGUAUGAAAACAAUAGAAACUAUCAUGGCGACAGUAAAUGUACCGUUCAAAUUCCUUCACGUAGUGAGAAACCCUUACGAUAACAUUGCUACUAUGCUACUAAGGACGAAGAAGAUGCGUUUGAAUAUGAAGCCUGAUUUUAAGUUGAACGACUCUGAGACAUUGGAUUCAGAGAUUCUUAAAUACUUCAAUUUGGCUUCAAGAAAUCAAUACCUGGCAAAAAAAUACGCCAAGAGUCUGCUAGAGAUUCAAAACACAGAUCUGAUACGAAGACCUAAAGAAAUGCUUAAAAAGAUGUGCAAAUUUCUUGGUUUAACUUGUAGCCAAAAAUACUUAGACGAUUGUGUUAAGAUAAUUUUCAAAAAGCCUUCACAUACAAGGAACAAUGUGGUGUGGACAGUUGAGCAGAAACGAAGAAUUAAACAAGCGAUGAAACGAUAUUCUUUUUUGAAGAGAUUCAGCUUUGAUUCGGACUGAAUUAGCUGUGGACCAUGUGGGACCCGAAACUAAAGCAGAGCAUGUGUGUAGACAGUUGCUCUAGUCCUCAAUGGCCGAUUAGAACUGUAUGUCAGGAACGAUGUGCUAUUGAAAAACAGUUACCAACUUUUAUAGAAAUAGCUGAAAAUGGUCAGYCAGUAAGUUAUAAUGUUGAUACAUCGUGUUCAACACUGCUAUCGAGCUUUAAUUUCGAUACAAUWUUCAUUGAACAAACAAUCGAUCAACAGAUUCUCUUGCACGACUAUGACCUUACGAGAAACAAUAGAAUACAUAAAAAAAUGAUGUAAAUAGCCGACUUGCGAAUUACGCAUCAAUAGUCACAUACAAAGGAAUCAAGACGAGGCGCCGUGCUUUUUUGUGAAAA